AUGAAUACAAAUAAUAUAGAUAUAUCAUAUCUUCGUGAACUUCUAAGGCCAACAGUUCAACAUACUAUUCCCAAAGAUCAGAAGCGUAUAAAGGUAGUGACAAUUACUAAUAAGGAAACAACAACAAAGUAUGUGUUGAAUGACUUGGAUAAAUCGGCUUCUUUAGGAGAAGUACGACGAAGUUUAUCCGCGAAUGACGAUAUUUUAAUGGGCAAGCAAAACUCACAAUUUUGUAAUAAAUCAAAAGAUAAAAUACACUUUGAUUGUGAAGAUAAUUUUAAGCUUGAAGACAUUUUAAUUCCGGAGGAUGAUUUUUAUUCGGUAUAUAUAGAAAAAAAUCAAAAGAAACCAAACUUUAUCGAAAUUUCGCACAGACUUAGUUUAAAUAAAGGACUUAGAAAGGGAAGCAAUGAUGAUAGCAUAGUAACGGCAAAUAAAUCGGCUUUUAGUAUAAAAAAUCCGCAUAUUAUGAAUGUAACUCUUAAUGAUAAUUUUAGGCGUACACAUGGAAAAACAAGCGAAGAUUUUAAUAAAUUUUGGGAAAGAAGCUUCGACCAUCAAGACACAAUCCCUCCUUUACAAUCUUCUGUUGUUUUAGAUUAUGAUGUUAUAUGUUUUGAGAAGGGGUCGAUUCGAUUAUUACGUAAAGACUUAGAAGUAACAGAUGAGUAUGUUAAAGCUAUUGAAGACGCAUUAGAUGAAAGUCAAAGAAAAUCUCAGAGUGCUAAACCUAUGAAUUAUACGAACAUACGCAAUUAUAAAGCAGUUGGUGGUGAUAUCACAAAGUGUAAUAAUGAGGAAGAAUGGUUGGAAUCCCUUAGUUCUUAUGAAAAUUGGGUAAUUAUUGGAUAUAAUGAUAAAUUAUCACUAUACGAAUUGCUGCCAGAAUCGUUAAAAUUAAAAAUAAAGGUGAUAAUUGGCAUGAAAUAUUUCAGUAGUGUUUUUGCAAUUCGCGUGGAUUACCAAAAUCCAGAAAGCCCAUAUUUCAUAAUUCAUUGCCUUAGCACGGCCACCAAAGUUCCUCCCCCAAUCAAUCUUUCGGUACCAUGGAUGAUUAUUGGAUAUGAUGAUAAGUUUCCAAUUGAACCAUUAUCAAAAUCCUUUUGUAUUGAAUAUAUUUGGUCAAAAUAUGGAACAGAUACAGAAAUUAAACUCACAAAACCAAUCUAUCAAGAUUACUGUUUAAUAAGCACUUGUGUUUUAGAUUGUGAAGAAAAUCCUGGAUAUGAAUUUGGAAUGUCAAAUAUUGUUAUUAGUCACCAUUUUUGUCAACCUGAAAAUAUAAAAAUGAAAGUAUGCAGUAGUCAACACGAUCUUUCAAAUAAUUCUACCUUAGCUCCAUUAAUUUUUAAAGUUAAUUGUGCUAUUAUUCUUGGUACAUCUGAUGCUAAAAAACAGCAUCCUUUUAUUACAUUUGGAGUCUUCUGA